UUUAAAAUGCGGAGGCGGAGAAAGGAGGGGUUGCCGUCCCUAGACUCGCAGCUCAGCUAGCCGCUACCCUGCCGGCCUGCUCUGAGUGAGUGUGAGCAUCUGCUGUGUGUGCGUUCUUGCGCUUUCCUCGCUAGCUUUGGGGCUAGGUAGGUGCAGCAGCAGAAGCUAGAGCUAGGGGGGGAAGCUACUGCCCAGCAAGCAAGCGUGGCGUCCUCCGGGCGGCGCCUCCCAUCGGUCUCCGCCGCCUACGCGGACUGGAUCGCGGCAGCCGGCGGCGACGACCUCUCGCUUGGCUUCAAUGCCGCGGCGGCGUCCGCUGCCGGGCUCUGGGGAGCGCCCGCGUCGCGCCAGUCCGCCGCCGCGCUCAACUACGGGAUAGCGGCUGCCGGUGAUGUCGGCAUGGUCCUCGUCGCCCCCACUGCCUUCCACCAUCACCACCACCAUCAGCACCAGCAGCACCAAAGGGCUGCGGCUGCUGCGCCGGAUGCCGGCGGCGGCGGUGACCACUCCGGGUUCGCGCUCCUGUCCGCGGGGCAGUGCGCCGCGCUCGACGACCAGGCCAAGGCCGGCAGCGCCAUCCAGUUCUGGCAGGCGCACUCGCAGCCCACCACGCCGCCGCCGGCGGGGGCCGGAGCAAGCAAGAAGGCCGCGCCCGCGAUCGACUACGGCGGGGGCGGCUCUUCCGGCUCCGGCGGGUCCACCACGUGCACCGACUGCGGCAACCAGGCGAAGAAGGACUGCCCGCACCAGCGGUGCCGCACCUGCUGCAAGAGCCGCGGCUACGACUGCACCACCCACGUCCGGAGCACCUGGAUCCCCGCCGCUCGCCGCCGCGAGAAGCAGCAGCACCCCGGCGGCGAUGGCAACGUGUCCCCUCCCGCCGCACCUGCCGCGGCGGCCUCCAAGAAGCUGCGGCUCCUCUCCUCACAGACCACCACAGCCACCCCGUCCACCUCCAACGGCACCUCCUCCAGCCAACAAGACGCGCCGUUCAGGGACAGCCUGCCGCGGCAGCUGCGCGCGCCGGCGGUGUUCCGGUGCGUGCGGGUCACGUCCGUGGAGGACGGCGAGGACGAGUUCGCGUACCAGGCGGCGGUGUGCAUCAACGGCCACCUCUUCAAGGGCUUCCUGUACGACCAGGGCGCCGACGAAGGCCGCGCCGGCAACGACGACCACGCCAGCGGCCACGCGCACGCGGCCGCCGUGCGCAGCAUCUCCGACCUACACCUCGGCAGCGCCUCCGCGGUGCCGCCCGAUAUGUACAACACCGUCAGCGGCCCGCUAAUUCUCGGCGGGCUGGGCUAUGGUAACACCAUCAACUGAAAAAUUAUCACUACUAGCUCUAGUAGUAGCCUGGUGCAAUAAUUGGCAGCCAACUCCUUUCUUUCAUCUCAUCACUAGUAGUGGUACUACUGCACUGUCUUCCAUUUUGCUGCUGCCGCUGCUCUUGUCAUGUUUCGCCUGUGUUACAGGUAGCUUCCAAGUCUUUGUUAUUACAAGUUGGAAACAAAAUGGAAAGAAAAUCAGCUCUCAGUGUUUUUCGUGUUAA